AUGUUCACCAGAAGUCUUGUCGGAUUUGCUUCCAUAGCUAGUGCUGUGCUUAUUAUCGGCGCACUCAGCUUGAUCGCCUACAUCUACAACGAUUUUAGCGAAUUCUAUGAUAAGGCACAGUUGGAACUGAGCGAUUUUAAGCUGCAUGCUGAUAAUGCCUGGGAACAGAUGGUAGUUUCUAUGAAAGACCACCAAGUUCGAGAUACUCGUGCUGUGAAGGUGAAGAAAAUACGUCGUAAGAAGAAGCAGAGUGCUUCCUAUGACGGAGGCGAUACUUCUGAUGGAGAUAGUGCAUCAUGUAAUUGCGCCCCAGGACCAGACACAUGCCCGCCAGGCCCUCCUGGACCUCCUGGUGAACCUGGAACGCCAGGAGAGAACGCUCUACCUGGGCAGAAUGGGAAUCCCGGGCUUGAAGGAAUUUCGAACAUAGGAGGAGACGAAACUGGAGGAUACGGCGGUGGAAGUGAGUGCAUAACUUGCCCGGCAGGCCCUCCAGGACCACCCGGAAGUGAUGGCCUUCCUGGACCAGUAGGACCAGAUGGAAAGCCAGGAACACAAGGUCACAAAGGAAAUGGUGGACAUUCCGGUGGACCUGGAGCGAUGGGAGAUGCAGGAGCUCCAGGACAGCCUGGUCAACCAGGUCAACCUGGAGCACCCGGACAAGGUGCAAAGCAUGGCAAGGGUAAGCCUGGUGCGCCGGGACCUGCUGGACCAAUGGGAGCGCCUGGUCAAUCUGGACCUGAAGGACCACCAGGAGGUCCUGGAAAACCUGGUCCACAAGGAGCAGCCGGAGCACCAGGACAUGAGGGAUCACCAGGUGAGCACGGUCACGACGGCGAACACGGCGGACCAGGAGAUCCAGGAAAAGAUGCUGCUUACUGCCCAUGUCCUCCUCGUACUCCAACCUAUGACAGUGAAGUAACGCAGGCUCCGUCAUACGCUCCAGAAACAACAAGCAGUAGCGGCUACCGCAAGCGUCGCGUCAAGAAGAUCCGUAGAGUCAAGGCUAAGGCCGUCUAA